GACUGGCAUAUCAGCUUCCCUGAGCUGCCCCAUGCUCUCUUUACUUGGUCCCUCACUCAGCACAGAGAUGGUUGAGCCUGGGUUGAGGGGAGUGCUGCUCUUGGUGGUUCUCCUGCAUUUGGUCCAUGGAGAGAGCUACACGCCUAUCCACGAAGCCGGCAGGUGUGCCUUCUACAAUGACUGUGGGAAAAACCCCGAGUUGUCCGGCAGUCUCAUCCCACUGGCCAACGUGUCUUGCUUGUCCAACACUCCAGCCUUUAAACUCAGUGGGGACCACUUGGAGCUUCUGAAUAAGAUCUGCCCAGAGCUGUAUCAAGGACCAGACUCUACUUAUGCCUGCUGUUCCAUCCAACAGCUGCUGGAUCUGCAGGGCAGCUUGUCAAUAAGCAAAACCCUUCUUACCCGCUGCCCAGCCUGUGCGGAGAACUUUGCUGCCUUUUACUGCCAUAAUACCUGUAGCCCCAACCAAAGUGUCUUCAUCAACGUCACCCGUAUCGCUAACAUUUCAGGGACCAACUCCUCCAAGGUGUUGGCCUAUGAGACUUUCUACACACGUGACUUUGCCGAGCGGGCCUACAACUCCUGCAACAAGGUGCAAAUCCCCGCCACUGGCGGCUUGGCUGUGGGUGCCAUGUGCGGGGUAUAUGGAGCCAAACUCUGUAAUGCCCAGCGUUGGCUCAAUUUCCAGGGCGACACAGGGAAUGGAUUAGCUCCCUUGGAAGUCACCUUUAAUCUUGUGGACCCUGGCCAGGUCCUAGGGAAUGGGCUAGAGCCCCUGGAUGUAGAAACAUGGGGCUGCAAUGAGACUCGGGGUAAUGGUUCCAAUGCAUGCUCUUGCCAGGACUGUGCCUCAUCCUGUCCUGUGAUUGCCCAACCUGCCAUGCAGGAUUCUACUUUCCGCCUGGGGAGAAUGCAUGGGGGGCUGGCCCUGGCCAUCCUCCUCUCUGCUCUCUUUGUCUCAUUCUUCACUUUCCUUGUGGUUCGCUCUUGUCAGAAAACAAAGGCCAAGAAGCCCAAGCAAGGUGUACGCUGCUCUGAUAGAUUUAGCUACUUUGCCCACGUCAUCCUGGGCAACCUUUUCCAGAGCUGGGGCACGUGGGUGGCCUCCCGGCCCAAGAUAGUUUUGUGUCUCUCCACGAUACUGGUAGUGGCACUGGCAAGUGGACUGGUCUUCCUGGAGCUGACCACCAAUCCAGUGGAGUUAUGGUCGGCUCCCAACAGCCAGGCCAGGAAGGAGAAGGAAUUCCAUGACCGCUAUUUUGGGCCUUUCUUCCGCACCAACCAGGUGAUCUUGACGGCUCCUAACCGACCUAGCUAUACCUACAAUUCCCUCCUUCUGGGACCCAAGAACUUCAGCGGCAUUCUGAGCGAGGACUUGCUCCUUCAGCUUCUGGAGCUGCAAGAGGAGCUGAGGCACAUGGAGGUCUGGUCCGAGGAAGAGCGGCGCAACAUCUCUCUGAGAGACGUCUGCUAUGCCCCUCUCAACCCCCGCAAUCCCAGCCUGGAGGACUGCUGCAUCAACAGCUUCCUGCAGUAUUUCCAGAGCAACCGCACCAACUUCCUACUCACUGCCAACCAGACCCUGAUGGGGCACACCGCCCAGGUGGACUGGAGAGACCACUAUCUCUACUGUGUCAAUUCCCCUCUCACAUUCAAGGAUGGUACGACCUUGGCUCUGAGCUGCAUGGCUGAUUAUGGGGCUCCAGUCUUUCCCUUCCUUGCUGUGGGAGGUUACACAGGGCAGGAUUUUUCGGCUGCUGAGGCCCUCCUGCUGACUUUCUCCCUGAACAACUACCCUGCUGGGGAUCCCCGCUUGGCUCAAACUCUGCUCUGGGAGAGCCGCUUUCUGGAGGUGAUGAGAGACUUCCAGAAGCGUACAGCAGGCACCUUUGACGUCACUUUCAUGGCAGAGCGAUCUCUGGAAGAUGAGAUAAACCGCACCACAGCUGAGGACCUGCCAGUCUUUGCCAUCAGCUACGCCAUUGUCUUUCUGUACAUUUCUCUGGCCCUGGGUAGAUACUCCAGCCGAUCUCGCUUACUGGUGGACUCCAAGAUAACCCUGGGCCUAGGCGGGGUCCUAAUAGUGCUGGGAUCUGUCCUCUCUUCAAUGGGCUUCUUCUCCUACCUGGGCGUCCCGUCUUCUAUGGUGAUCAUCCAAGUCGUUCCCUUCCUUGUACUGGCUGUUGGAGCUGACAACAUCUUCAUCUUUGUUCUCGAGUACCAGAGGUUGCCACGGCACUCAGAGGAAAGCCGGGAGGUGCAUAUUGGACGAGUCCUGGGCACUGUAGCUCCCAGCAUGCUUCUUUGUAGUCUCUCUGAGGCCAUCUGUUUCUUCUUAGGUGCACUGACCUCUAUGCCAGCUGUGCGAACCUUUGCUCUGACAGCCGGCUUGGCCAUAAUCUUUGACUUCCUGCUGCAGAUGUCGGCCUUUGUUGCUUUGCUCUCCCUGGACAGCAAGAGGCAAGAGGCCUCACGCUUGGAUAUAUGCUGCUGUGUUAACCCCAGGAAAUUGCCUCCCCCUCAGGAGGAUGAAAGUUUACUACUUUGCUUCUUCCGAAAGUUUUAUGCUCCCUUCUUGCUUCAUGGAUUCACCCGGAUUAUUGUGCUUGGGCUAUUCAUGGCCCUGUUUGGUGGGAGCCUGUAUCUCAUGUGCCACAUCAAUGUGGGGCUGGACCAGGAGUUGGCACUACCUGAGGAUUCAUAUCUUUUGGAUUACUUCCACUUCCUGAACCGUUAUUUUGAAGUUGGAGUGCCCACUUACUUUGUGACCACUUCUGGCUUUAACUUUUCAAGUUUGGAUGGCAUGAAUUCUAUCUGUUCCAGUUCUGGAUGUGAUACAUACUCCUUGACCCAAAAGAUUCAAUAUGCCACAGAAUUUCCUAAAGAGUCUUAUCUAGCUAUCCCGGCUUCCUCCUGGGUAGAUGACUUCAUUGACUGGCUGACACCCACUUCUGAUUGCUGUCGUCUUUAUAGAAAUAAUACCUUUUGUUCUUCUACAGAAGGUACUGUUUUGACCUGCUUUCGGAAGUGCAUACCUUAUACCACAAGUACUGUGCGGCCCACAGUGGAGCAGUUCCAUAAGUACCUGCCUUGGUUUUUGGAGGACAAGGCCAAUAUCAAAUGUCCCAAAGGGGGCCUGGGUGCUUAUGAUGGUGCCGUGAACAUAAGUGCAGAUGGGGAAAUCUUAGCCACCCGGUUUAUGGCUUACCAUACACCGCUCAAGAAUUCUCAAGAGUACACAGCAGCCCUGAGGGCUGCCCGGGAACUGGCGGCCAACAUCACAGCUGACCUUCGGCGAGUUCCAGGGACUGAUCCCAAGUUUGAAGUCUUCCCCUACACGGUCACAUAUGUGUUCUAUGAACAGUACCUGACCAUCGUCCCAGAGGGGUUAUUCAUUCUGGGUCUCUGCCUCAUACCCACAUUUGCUGUCUCCUGCCUCCUGCUUGGGAUGGACCUCCGCUCAGGCCUCCUCAAUCUCUUCUCCAUCAUCAUGAUCCUUGUGGAUACCGUAGGCUUCAUGACCCUGUGGGGCAUUAGCUACAAUGCUGUGUCCCUCAUCAAUCUUGUCACGGCUGUGGGUAUUUCAGUGGAGUUUGUGUCCCAUAUCACCAGAUCCUUUGCCAUCAGUACCAAGCCCUCUCGGCUGGAGAGAGCCAAAGAGACCACCAUCAUUAUGGGCAGUGCGGUAUUUGCUGGAGUGGCUAUGACCAAUCUCCCUGGCAUCAUCAUUCUGGCUGCUGCUAAGGCCCAACUCAUCCAGAUCUUCUUCUUUCGCCUCAACCUCCUCAUCACCAUCUUUGGCAUGCUGCAUGGCCUCGUCUUUCUACCUGUGAUCCUCAGCUAUUUUGGGCCAGAUAUCAAACAAGUCCUGGUCUUGGAACAACAGCCAAUAGAAAAGAAUACCAUGUCAGGCAAGGCAGAAGUUGCCAAGGCAGCUUCUUGCUCAACAUAUCCUUCUCCAUUGUAUCCUGACUUGAAUUCCUAUACCAAUUUGAAUUUUGAGGCUGAUGUGACUCAGUUUCCUAGAGACACCAAAGGACUCGAGCCAACAACACCUCUUUGAUGGUACCAAGAGCUGUUUUGUCUAUGAUUCUGUCAUUCCAAACUGAGGCACUUCAUUGAAUCAUCACAUCAAGAAUUUCAGUUAGAAGGACUUCAGGGUCCAGCAGUACCAGCACUCACCAGUACCUAGGUAUAACCUCAUCGAGUGACCAUCUAGUCUGUGCUUGAAGAGCACCAACGAGAGGGUACCUACUACCUCAGAAAGUAUAUGUUUGAAUUUUUGCAUCAUAUAAAUUCUUAGGAAAAAUUUCCUUACUUCUUGAUAAUACCUACCCUGCUGCAUCUUUCAUUCACUGCUCCUAGUUUUUCCAUUUCACACUAAACAGAAAAUAAGUUUAAUUUGCUUUCACGUGAUGACCUUUCAAAUAGUGGGAGGCAGCUUUCAUAUCCCCUGAAAUAUCCUCAAUCUCCUCAAAUGAUCCUCAUAUGACACUGCUUCCUGUCUCUUUUUAUCCUUGGUCAUCUUCCCCAAGAUGCACCUCAGCUUACCAAUUUCCUUCCUGUAAAGGGGUGCUCAGAAUUGAACACACAAGUCCAGAUAAGGUUUGGACUGAAUACAAUGAAGCUACCUUCCUUUUUACAUCUUUUCAAAUGCAAGCAAAUACCUUGUUAGCUUUUUUUUUUUGUCUGACUUCUGUCUCACAUGGUUAACUCAUAUUGAGCUUAUAGUCCACUAAUACCCCCAGAUCAUUUCCAUAGGAAUAUGCCUAGGCAUAUCUCCUCAUCUUGGUUUUACAUACUUGAUUUUUUUAUACCUAUGGGUAGAACAUUUCCAGGGAUGUGGUCUGUAAACCUCAAAAUUCCUUAGACUUAUAAAUGUUGGAAAUUUCACCAUUGGGAUAUUUCAUACUUGGAAAAUUUCUUACUGAUAGUCUAUUGGAAUGGGAAUCCCAUUGGCAUGGGAGGUUCCUUCUCUUCCCUUCUUAAGAUUACUUUAGGACAGAGACCCUUUGCUGAACAAUGGAAAGGACUUUGACCUAUGCUUGAGCAUAGAACAGGAAUUUCUUUGAGUCUUGAUUGAUUUUAGAAUUGAUACAAUGGAGAUACUCCACCCUAUUCAGUCCUAAUAGGAUUGAGUAAGGGCUGCAGCCUAGAUCAAAAUUUAAUUAUUCCAAUCUCUACCAUACUCAAGUUAACAGGUCUCUACUUGUUGGGGUUUCCUGAUCCCAGGGAAGGUUCUUUUUUACCAGCAUGCUCAUAAGUGACUGAUAGUAAGCUAGAGUGACUCCAGAGAACAGGAAAUAGAUUGUCAGGACUCAGAGUAAAUAUGCCAAAGAAUUAAUCCUUUAAUAAAUCCUUGGCCUGGACAUUGGAUUUUGGCUUGGUUAUUAACUCAGAAUCAUAACACUUCAGAAUCUCAAAGUUGAAAGGGAAUUUGGCAGAUAUGGAGUCCAACUUAUAUCAGAAAAAGGUAUCUUCUCUACAGUGUACCCCCAAAGUGGUCUCUCUUUACCUGAAAACUUUAAUGAAGGGGAGCUCAUCACCUAUCUAGGCAUCUUAUUCUAAUUAGGGAUACCUCUAAUUUUAAUAAAUUUCUUCUGACAUCAAUUUCUAUAUCUUGCUCCUGGUUUUUCUGUCUGGAGGUCAAACAACAUAAGUCCUAAUUCCUCUCCCACUUGACAGCCCUGCGUAUACUUAAACAGAGUUAUCAUGUCAUUUCUCCUUUCCUACCUCAAUAAUACUACCCCCAUUCUGCAUCACUUUGACCUAGGUUUAGGGCUGUGCCCAACAGAAUUUUAACCCACUUUAAUAUGGCAGGUAUUGAUGGCCUCAUGCAUCCUGGUUGCCCUCCUCUAAACACUUUCUAGUUUAUCAAUGUCUUUACAAAAUCUAAAACUGAACAUAAUACUUCAGAUGUCAUCUGGGCAGGCGGGGACAGGAAUAUUGCUUUCUUAUUCUUUAUGAAAACUCUACCUUUUUAAAAAACACAGUCCAAGGUUUAUUAGCUUUUUUUUUUGGUUGCUAUAGUCAUUUUAAAAAACUUAUAUUGAGUCUGAAGUUCAUUAAGAUCCCCAGAUCAUAUAUGGACAAAUUUAUAUCUAACUAUGCCUCCCUGAGCCUAACUUGUGAAGCUGAUUUUUCUGACCUAUGAGAGACUUCAUUUCUCUCUUUUGAACUUCAUGUCUAUAUAUUCAGACCAACAGCCCAACUCCAAGACACCCUAAGGAUUAUUUGUGGCAUUAGGGCCUAUUGAUAACCUCCACUGAGCAACUGACCAUGGUCUUUUCCUAUGUAUCCAGAAUAUACCCCAAAAGUUCUUGGAGCACAACAGUAGACUUCCUUGUUUUUUUUUUUAAUCUUUACCUUCUGUCUUAGAAUUGAAACUAAGUAUUGGUUCCAAGGCAGAAGAGCUGUAAGGGUUAGGUGCCUGGGAUUAAGUGACUUGCCCAGGGUCACACAACUAGGAAGUGUUUAAGAUCACAUGUAAACCCAGAACCUCUUAUCUCCAGGCCUGGCUCUCUAUCCACUGAGUCAUCUUGCUACCUUUGUGUCUAAUCAGAAAUCCUUGGGUGUCCUGGGAAGAACUUGAUAGAAAACAAAAAUUAUGUAAAUUAGAAAUGGAUCUAGUAUUGUUCUAUGUGUAUCAUUAAUGCUUAAUGAAUACCUGAAAACCAGAAUGGUCCUAGUCCUAGAAUGGAAACUCUCAAAGACUGCCUGUUUUUAUCUUUGAAUCUCCAGUCAAAUGCCUAGCAAAUGGUAAAGAUCUAAUGAAUGCUUGUUGAAUUGUAUUUUGUAUUGCUCAUUUCAUUUUUGCCACUUGCAUGAUUUAUUUAAUAGACCACACACCCAUCUCCUGGCUAGCUCUCAAUUCUACUCAUCACUUUUCCAUGAUCCAGAUCUGCUUACCAGCCCUGGAAGACUAGGGACUCCUCCCAUCAAGAGCCUUAUUACUUCAGUCACAGGAUGGAUUGUAGUAAUGGUGGUAUGAUGGUUGUCAUCUACCUGCUGGGGAUGUGUUGGGUUCAACAGGCCAUGCAGUAUACCACAUGGAUUAUUUUCGGCCAGAAGGCCUAUUGAUACCUCCACUGAGCUAUAGCCUUGGUUCUUCUUUUUUACAGGAGUACUUCUAUAUUCUCUAUUGAUUGUUGACUUAUGUGAUUCCACUGAAAUAUGUUUUCCUUCUAAUAAACUGUAAGGUCUCCAGUAGACUGUAAGGUUCCCAGGAGCAUAUAAAGUUCUUGAGGGUAAAGAUUGUUUCAAUUUUGCUUUUGUAUCUCCAGAGUAGGCCAAACUCAACUGAAUUUUACAUUAAAAAUAAUUUGAUAGAAAAUGAAAAUUAUGUAAAAUAAAAAUGGAUCUAGUUCUA